AUGGCUCUCCAUGGAGCCGUUCAGUCCCCAAUAAAUCAGCUACGGUUGGUGCUGCUGGGCAGAACAGGUUCAGGUAAAAGUGCCACUGGAAACACCAUCUUGGGUAAAAAAUGCUUCACAUCUCAACUGAGCAUGGACUCAGUGACAAACCAAUGCCAGAAGGAAUCUGGAGUGGUUCAGGGGCGGAGCCUGGUGCUGACUGACACUCCUGGCUGGUUUGACACCUCCCUCCAGCAAAGUAAGGUAACAGAAGUGCCAAGAUAUCUGACCAUGUGUUCACCUGGACCACAUGCAUUUCUGCUCAUCAUACCAAUCGCUCGCUUCACAGCGGAGCAGCAGAAGACUUUAGAUAUGACUGAGGCAGUUUUCGAGGAGAACAUCAGUGACCACACAAUCAUCAUAUUUACCCAUGAAGAUGAGCUGAAAGGAAAGACAAUUGAGCAGUUUAUAUCCGAACAGGGCCAAAGAAUCCAGGAUGUCAUUAAACGAUUCGGUGGCCGUUUCUUGGCUUUCAACAACAAGAACUCGGAGAACCGGGACCAGGUGGAACGGCUCCUGAAGAAGCUGGAUGAGAUGCUGGAACAGAACAACUAUGGUCACUUCACCAACCAGAAAACAGAGCAUCCAGAGAUGAGUCAAAACUCCACCAGUCUCCAUGGAGCCGUUCAGUCCCCAAUAAAUCAGCUACGGUUGGUGCUGCUGGGCAGAACAGGUUCAGGUAAAAGUGCCACUGGAAACACCAUCUUGGGUAAAAAAUGCUUCCCGUCUAAACUGAGCAUGAGCUCAGUGACAAACCAAUGCCAGAAGGAAUCUGGAGUGGUUCAGCGGCGGAGCCUGACACUGAUUGACACUCCUGGCUGGUUUGACACCUCCCUCCAGCAAAGUAAGGUAACAGAAGAAGUGCUAAGAUGUCUGGCCAUGUGUUCACCUGGACCACAUGCAUUUCUGCUCAUCAUACCAAUCGCUCGCUUCACAGAGGAGCAGCAGAAGACUUUAGAUAUGAUUGAGGCAGUUUUCAAGGAGAAAAUCAGUGACCACACGAUCAUCAUAUUUACCCGUGAAGACGACCUGGAAGGAGAGACAAUUGAGCAGUUUAUAUCCGAACAGGACCAAAGAAUCCAGGAUGUCAUUAAACGAUUCGGUGGCCGUUUCUUGGCUUUCAACAACAAGAACCCAGAGAACCAGGACCAGGUGGAACGGCUCCUGAAGAAGCUGGAUGAGAUGCUGGAACAUAACAACUAUGGUCACUUCACCAACCAGGAAACAAAGGUUGUGGAGAAAGCACUGGCAAUAUUGGAACAGAAAAUGCAAGAAAAACUAAAUGAAUCAAUUCAGAAGGCCAAGCAGGAAGUAAAACAGAUGGCUGAACAUCGCAAGGCUGAGAUCAUGAAAGCCUUGGAGAAAGACAAGGAGGAGAUAGAAAGACGCAGGCGUCAAAUCCAGGGUGAAAUCUGCCAUUUAACAGCAGAAAUUCACAAAAACCAUGAAAAAUCUUACGGAGAGCUGCAGUUGCUGCAGGAAUCUCUAAUGACUGCAGAAAAAAGCCUCAGAGAGCUGGAGAAAGAGAUGGAAUUAAAGAUAAAAGAAAGUGAAAAAAAGAAAAGGGACGUGGAAAAAUGGAGCAAGGAAGAAGAGCAGAGAAGAGAACAAGAAGAGAGAGAAAAAGCUUCAAAUGAAGAUGAAAGCAGAUGGUAUUACAAUGAAAAAUAUUUCACUGUUCUGAAGUACCUCGUCAUUUUUUUGGGAGGCGCUGGAGCUCUAGCAGUAUUGGGACCUGCACUUUUUUCCACCACUGUGGGACCGACGGCAGAGUUAACUACACUGCUCGGACCACAGUCUGCAGCUACCAUGUUAGAAGCACUUACAAAACGAGCAGUUCAGGUGCCUGACCGUUGUUCCAUUCAGUAA